GCCCCCACACCCCGUCCUGCUGAAAAGAAACAACUCUCAGUCUGAGCCGCUUCAGUCCAGAGACACUUCAGCUCUAAAAUCCUUCUCCUGGAGCCACAGAGUCCGAACGAGACAGAGGAGCGACUGAGGAAUCCUGGUUUUUACCAACAUGGGAUCUGUGAAGACUCUUUUCCUUUACCUGGGAGUCUGUCUGUCAGCUGGGGGCGUCACUGCUGCAGGUGACGAGCUCGGCCACAUGGCAGAGAACGUCCGCUGGGUGUCUCUGGACUUUAAAACCGUCCUCACCUGGAACACCACAGCCUCAGACAUUGUAUACACUGUCCAGUACUCCGGGGUGGAUGCCGGUACCUGGGAGGACUGUGACAUCUGCAUCCAAGUGUCAGAGACAGAGUGUGACCUGAGCACCUACCUCGUACCCUACGACAGGACCUACUUGGCUAAUGUCGUGACAGAUCAAAGCGACGACAUAGAGAACUCACCUCACACUUACUCCCCUCACUUCAACCCCUACAGAGACAGUAACAUCAGUGCCCCCACCUACAGCGUGGAGGCUGCAGGCGGCGGCAGAGUGAUGGUGAACAUCACGGACCCUCUGACCAGUUACCAUGAGAGAGGGAGGCAGCUCAGCAUCAGAGACGUUCUCAAGAGCGACCUCAAGUACAAGAUCAGCUACUACAAGUCUGGAAAUACACGCAUGGCAAGUACACACAGGUACACACAGGUAGAAACAAGUACAGGUAAGUACUAACAGGUGUAGGUAACAUGUGGUGUUCUUCCCUGACAGAGAGAAUUCAUCUCUGACUCCAGCGUGGCUGAGCUGAAGCUGGACGCAGGAGAGAGUUACUGCUUCAUGGUGGCGGCUUACAUCCCCUCCAGACCCAAAGCCACGCAGCAGGGAGCCUGGAGCCAACAGCUGUGUUCAACGUCGGACUCCUCCGCCCCGCCAGAGCUGAGUCUCGGAGCGUGGGUCGGCAUAGUCUUCAUCCUGCUCACAGUCCUCAUCAUCGUCAUCAUAGUGACAGUCCUCUGCUGCAGAUGCUGCCAGCGAAGAAAAACCCUCCACACCACUCAGUCAUCUACACCUAUUUAGUGUGUGUGUGUGUGUGUGUGUGUGUGUGUGUGUGUGUGUGUGUGUGUGUGUGUGUGUAUGUGUGUGUGUGUGUGUGUGUGUGUGUGUGUGUGUGUGUGUGUGUGUGUAUGUGUGUGUGUGUGUGUGUGUGUGUGUGUGUGUGUGUGUGUGUGUGUGUGUGUGUGUGUGUGUGUGUGUGUGUGUGUGUGUGUGUGUGUGUGUGUGUGUGUGUCACAGGGAGCUGGCUUCCCUUCAGUUUUCUGACUCCAUUAUUUUCCGUGUGUAUUUUCUGUUUAGACUUUGUUGUAGUUUUUAUUUUGUCAUUUCAUUUUAAACGUCUAUUCAAAGAUCAGAACGGAGUGAGAAUCCUGAGGUGACACCUGCCGUGACCCCGUGUGUCUGAUGGUGCAUCAGGAAUCACGUAAAGCUUCAUUCUGAGCAUCAGAUGCAGUUUCACGUGUUUCAGGAGCUAAUUAAGAUUUAACAUGUGAUUUCUCUGCUCGUUAGAUGAGAGCAGACUUCACCUCUGUUUUCUCCUCAUGUUGUUCUGUAGUUUUCCUUCUGUACAAAUAACCACUAAGUCCAGUAACUGAAGCUGUUGUCAAACCACCACUACAUCCUCUCAUCUCCCUCCUCUACACGUCCACGCUCUACUUACACCGUCGUUUCCCUCCUUUCAUUUCACGCCACUCAACCGACUUUUGUUGAUCAAAAGGACGGAGAAGCAAUAAAACAUGACAAGUGA